AUGGCCUUUGGCCACCGCCCGCGCGCCCCACUGCUGCUCGCGCGCCUCUCGGGGCUGCGGCGCGGGGCCUGCGCUCGGGCCAUGGCGCCGCCGCGCUGCUUCGCGCUGGAGCUGCCGGGCUGCACCCUGGCUCACUUCGCCGUCGGCGACGAGGCCCCGGGCGCGCGGCCCGACCCCCGCGUGGCCGGCCUCCUGGGGGCCCCGGGCCGCAGCUACUCGCUGAGCGUGCCGGUGGCCGGGGGCGCGGGCUGCGCGGCCCGGGUGCGCGCGGCCCGGCUGCACCAGCGCCUGCUGCACCAGCUGCGGCGCGGCCCCUUCCAGCCGUGCCAGCUGCACCGGCUGCUGUGCUACCCCGCGGGCGGCGGGGCGGGGGGCCUGCAGCACGGCUUCCUGCUCCACGACCCCCACGACAGCCCCGACACCCGGCGCGCGCUGCUGGCGCUGCUGGACGCCUACCCGGAGGCCCCGCGCCCGCGCCUGGCCGAGUUCUCCGGCGACCCGCUCCACCAGCUGUGGCAGCGCCCGUGGGAGCUGCGGGACGGCCAGGGGUGGCGGCGGCUGGACCGCGAGCGCGUCGUGGCCGUGCCGGAGCCCGCGCUGCACCCGGUGGUGCCCGACUUGCCCAGCUCCGCGGUUUUCCCCCACCUGGAGGACGCCCGCGCCGUUUUGGACGCGUGUGCAUCCUUCCUUCCCGAAGCCCGAGAUGUGCUUGCCCUGGUGGACCAGUACCCGAGACAGGUCCGGAAGGGAAAAUUCCCUGUUAUUGUCAUCGAAGGCCUGGAUGCCACAGGUAAAACCACUGUGACCCAGUCAGUUUCAGACUCACUCAAGGCUGUUCUCUUGAAGUCACCACCCUCUUGCAUCAGCCAGUGGAGGAAAGUCUUUGAUGAUGAACCAACGAUCAUUAGAAGAGCUUUCUACUCUCUGGGCAAUUAUAUCGUGGCUUCUGAAAUAGCCAAAGAAUCUACCAAAUCCCCUGUGAUUGUAGACAGGUAUUGGCACAGCACAGCCACAUACGCCAUAGCCACCGAGGUGACUGGGGGCCUCCAGCACCUGCCGCCUGCCCACCACCCUAUAUACCAGUGGCCCAGGGACCUGCUCAAACCUGACCUGGUCCUGCUGCUCACCGUGAGUCCCGAGGAGAGGAUGCAGAGGCUCGAGGGCCGGGGCUUGGAGAGGACCAGAGAGGAGGCUGAACUGGAGACCAACAGCAUAUUUCGUCAGAAGGUAGAAGUGUCCUACCAGCGGAUGGAGAACCCUGGCUGCCACGUGGUUGAUGCCAGCCCCUCCAGAGAAAAGGUCCUCCAGAUGGUGUUACGCGUAAUCCAGAAUAAUUGCAGUUGCUACUCUGGGCCAGGCGACACGUUUUACUAGAUCUGAUGUCGUUUCAUACAUCUAAGCCCAUGACUGGUUAUGGAGUUUUCCCAGAUUUCAGUUGCAUAAGCGUGUUGUGUGGCAGGAUGUUGGACCUUUCGAUUUUACCUAAACCAUUGUUCUCACUUGUGACCAAUGGACCCAUUGGGACUGAGACUGGGCACAUUCCAAGGAGAGAUGGCAAUUGCCUUCUGCCAAGUAUAACAGACGUUUUCUUGGAACAGAGUUUUAACGACUAACCCUCCAAGGUUCAUCUCCUCUAGAAAGCACGAGGUGGACAGAAGCAACCAAGAAGGUCUUCCAGGUCAACGGAAGCUCCUCCAGCCUCUCCCACACCUGCACCGGCUCACGGGUGAGAUGCUGUGGUGCCCGGAGUUAGCUUCCUCCCAGUCUGGUCACACUCCAUCUUUGUGAGCUCAGUCCCGAAUCCCAGAGCCAAGUACGCCUGAAGAAUGUGCCUGUGUGUCCCGGCUGCCAGGAGACCGUCCCACGGACCCAUCUUGUGUGUAGAGGACACUGACCAACAAGGCUUCUGACUUGUGUCUGAGGUUUAUGGCCCCUGAGAUAGUCCUUUUGGUGAGCACUUCAAAGUCACAUACAGAGGAGGCCAACCCAAGAUGCUCUGAAUACAAAUACACCAACAGUCCUUGGAUUCUAUUCUGCUUAUGUACUUUCCUCUUCUUUCAGGUUUGGAUAGAAUGAGUGUUUUGCACUCAAGUAGAUGCAUUAAAUGUAGCCAACCCAGCCAUGUACUCAUACUGAUGUUUACUUCUUGUUUGUCCUCAGUGUAGGGGCUGCGCUUUACUAAUCAGAGUUGAAGCCAAGAAGCUGAGCGCAAUGCUUGUGUAUUUUCAUCAGACAGAUUUAAUUUAUCUUACUGGGUAAGCAUAGUGGAUCAUGGCAUGGCAUUUCUCGGUGAAUAUCUUGCACUUGAAUGUCUUAUUAUUACACAUAAAAUCAGCACUGAGGUCUGUUUGGCUGGAAAAAAAAAUAGCCAAGAAAAGAGGAAACAAUAGUUAUGUGACCUGGGGUGAGUCAUUUAACAUCGUGUAACUUGAUCUAAAAAGUGACUGCAGUUCUUUGUCUUAAGGAGUUGGCUAAAAUAGGUGAUUAUUUAAAAUUCUUCCUAAGAUAGAUCAAAUCUGUGAAUUAUUUUAGGAGAAUAUCUCAGGAAGACAUUUCCCCCAAAUAAUUGAAUUAAGGCAUUAUUAGGUUUAUCAGAUGGACUCAAAUUAUAAUCAAGUUUAUAUCAAUGAUAUCAUAUUAUUUUUGAAAAGAACUAUAGAUAAUGUAUCCAUAAUAUAUGUACAUAUAUAAAUAUGUAAUUUCCAUUGAAAAUAUUUUUUAAAGCUUAUAAAUUGCUUUCAGAGUCUUUAAGAUGUGAUAUCUAAUUAUGCUAUUGGUUUUAUUGACUUUAAACCUUUUGAAAAGCUGAUGCUGGCAGCCUAGAAACAUGAACAUUUAAUGCUUUCUUUCUGUCCCUUGCCAAUGAAUAAACUUGCUGUGAUU